AUGUGGCGUAAAAUUGCCGAAGAUUUUGAAAAGCUUAGAGGUUUUCCAAAUUGUAUAGGCGCAUUGGAUGGAAAACAUUUUGUUAUUAAAGCCCCAGCCAAUAGUGGUUCUAUAUAUUUUAAUUAUAAACACACAUUCUCAAUUGUUUUAUUGGCGUUAGUGGACGCAUGCUACAAAUUUAUUGCAGUUGAUUUUGGCGCUUACGGACGAAACAGUGAUGGUGGCAUUUUUGCACAAUGUAAUCUUGGAAAACGUUUAGAAAAUGGGACGCUUCAUGUACCUAUUGGUAAAAAUUUACCCGGUUCCUCUACGUUUGCACCAUAUGUAAUAGUUGGUGAUGAAGCGUUUCCUUUGAAAACAUACCUAAUGCGACCGUAUCCAGGACACCAAGCAACAGGUGACGCUAAUAAAACGAAUUUCAAUCAUAGACUGUCUUUGGCCCGGCGACUAGUCGAAAAUGCCUUUGGUAUUUUGACACAAAGAUUUAGAAUAUUUCAAAGAAGAAUGAAACUUGCUCCAGAAAAUGUUGAUUACAUUAUUCUAUCUACAUGCGUACUGCAUAAUUUUUUAUGCGAACAAAAAGAUUACACAGGGCUUAUCAAUCAUAGUGCACAAAAUGCGCAACCACAUUUAUUAAAUCCAUUGAGCGUUCAACCAGGAAGACCGGCUAAUGAUGCAUUUGCGGACGCACGAGCCCACAUCCUGGCGUACGCUGCUUGCUUAAGACAUGGGCUCAUACCUAAUUUGCUAGAUGGCGGUCAUAACGCUCGCUUCAACUGUCGUGAUGCGGUCUGGUGGUGGUUGCAAAGUAUAAAACAGUACUGCAGCGAGGCGCCGCAAGGCUAUGCGCUGCUGGGCGAGCCGGUGGCACGCUUGUUCGCGCGCGACGGGGAGCCCGCGCCCCGCACACAGCCGCUGUACGACGUCAUGCAGGAGGCGCUUGACACGCACUUUCAGGGCCUUGUGUUCCGAGAGCGAAACGCCGGGCGCGCCAUCGACGCCCACAUGACAGAUAAAGGAUUCAACGUGCAAAUCGGUAUCGACCCCGAGACCGGAUUCCCGUUUGGGGGUAACGAUUACAAUUGUGGCACUUGGAUGGACAAGAUGGGCUCGUCGGAGGCGGCGGGCACGCGCGGGCGGCCGGCCACGCCGCGCGACGGCAGCGCCGUGGAGCUGGUGGCGCUCGCCUACAGCGUGGCGGCCUGGCUGGCGGCCCAGCACCGCGCCGCGCGCUUCCCGCACGCCGGCGUGGCGCGGCGCCACCGCGGCGGCGCGCUCACCGCCUGGACCUACGCGCAGUGGGCCGAGCGCAUCCGCCGCAACUUUGAGCGCUUCUUCUGGGUGCCGGCCGCGCCCAGCGCCGCCGACUUGCGUCCCGACCUCGUGCACCGCCGCGCCAUCUACAAGGACACGCACGGCGCCACGCGCCCCUGGGCCGACUACCAGCUGCGCUGCAACUUCCCCGUCGCCAUGGCCGUCGCGCCCGAACUCUUCGACCCGAAGCACGCUUGGCUUGCGCUCGACAACGUCGAGCGGCUGCUGCUGGGCCCGCUCGGCCUGAAGACGCUCGACCCGGCCGAUUGGGCGUACCGCGGCGACUACGACAACUCGAACAAUAGCGACGACCCGAACGUCGCCCACGGAUACAACUAUCACCAGGGCCCCGAAUGGGUGUGGCCGCUCGGGUUCUAUCUGCGGGCGCGUCUCGCGUUCGCACAGGAGAACGGUGUGUACGCGAAGACGGUGGCCGCAUCGUACGCGGCACUGGCGCCGCUCGUGAGCGAGCUGCGUGCGUCGCCGUGGCGCGGCGUGCCCGAAUUGUGCAACGCGGGCGGCGCGUACUGCGCGGACUCGUGCCGCUCGCAGGCCUGGAGUUCGGGCACGGCGCUGGAGGCGCUGCACGAGCUGGAGCUGGCGCGGCGCGCGCUGGGCCCCGCCGCGCCGGCGCCGGCGGACUGA